AAUGGGGCGUUCCCCCAUUGGUGGAGGGGUGGCCGUGGUUGCGAAGAAAAUUUACUGAACUGCAACCGGCAGACACUAAUUGCCGCGAGCCGUCGCAACCGUCGUACCCUGUGAAUCCUGGCCUUGGAUAUGAAUAGCAGGUGGUCCCAGCCUUGUUGGCGUCUGGCCCUUUGUUGCUGCUGCUGCGCCUUCGUUGCACUUCACGCCCUAGAGUCGGAUGAGUGGGUCAUUCGCAUGAAGGGUGGACCAAAGCUCGCCUCCCUCCUCGCAUUGCGCUCAGGAUAUCUCCACAUUGGCUCGGUUCUGGGCUUCAAGGAUACAUACUUGUGGCGCGCAAUUGAUGGACUGCGUUAUAAGAAGCGAGGUAUGCGCUAUGCUAUGAGUGCAUUGAAGAGUCACAUCAAGAUUGUUUGGGCGGAUCGGCAACGAGCAGUGAGACGUCAAAAACGCGGCUACCACACGGACCCAGUCUUCAACGAUGAGCUUUGGAAUCAGGAAUGGUAUCUGCAGGAGCACGCGGCCCAGACUACGGAGAAGCUACCAAGAGCAAGUCUUGAUCUCAACGUCUUGCCAGCCUACAGACUUGGUGUCACGGGACGUGGUAUUCGGAUCGCUGUUCUUGAUGAUGGCCUCGAGUAUACACACGAGGAUCUUCGCGCCAAUUAUGAUCCGGAGAUCAGCUACGACGUAACUGACCGCGAUGACGAUCCCAUACCGCGAUACGAGGAACCAGAGAUAAAUGGACAUGGAACGAGAUGCGCCGGGGAAAUAGCCAUGGAGGCAGACAAUCAUAAAUGUGGUGUAGGCGUGGCAUUCGAAGCCAGGAUUGGUGGCGUCAAAAUGCUCGAUGGGAUCGUAAACGACCGGGUGGAGGCAGAGGCCCUCGGUUAUCGGGCGGACCUCGUAGAUAUUUAUACGGCUUCCUGGGGCCCACCAGACGAUGGCAAGAGUCUCGAAGCCCCUGGCCGACUCGCCUCUGAAGCACUCGAGAGAGGCAUUCUUGAGGGUCGUGAGGGUCGGGGGAGCAUCUAUGUAUGGGCCUCCGGAAAUGGAGGCUCAAAAGCGGACGACUGCGGAUGCGAUGGUUACGUCGGCAGUGUGUAUACUUUGGCAAUAGGUUCAGCAAGUCAAACCGGAAGUUUUCCUUGGUAUGGUGAGAUGUGUCCCGCAACCCUCGCCACAACAUAUAGCAGCGGCGCCUACCAAGAUCAGAUGAUAGCAACAACUGAUUUAAAAAAUACUUGUACAACUAGUCAUACUGGAACAUCUGCUUCAGCUCCUUUAGCAGCUGGAAUUCUGGCACUAGCUUUACAAGUCAAUAAAAAUCUAACCUGGCGAGAUAUACAACAUCUCAUAGUUUAUACAUCAAAACACGAUCCAUUAAGAAGUAACCCAGGUUGGUUUAGAAACACAGUAGGACUGUGGUUUAAUCCCCGAUUUGGUUUUGGUUUGAUGGAUGCCUAUGCUUUAGUUACUGCAAGCUCCAAUUGGAUUAAUGUACCUGAAAAAACUAUAUGUGUAGUUCGGUCUUCUUCAAUUGUCCGCGAAGUAAGUUACGGUUUGCCACGGAGGAUACAAUUUGAUGCGGACGGCUGUAUCGGUACAGCUAACGAAAUUCAGUACCUGGAACAUGUGCAAGUUGAAACAAAUGUCGAAUAUACACUACGUGGCGCUCUUCAGAUGUAUUUAACAGCGCCCUCCGGCACUGUGGUUCAAAUAUUAGGUACCAGAAAAUAUGACGAUUCAACUGAAGGUUUUAUCGAAUGGAAAUUCAUGUCGGUGGCUACAUGGGGAGAAAAUCCUCAAGGAAUUUGGUCUUUGGACAUAUUUGAUGAGAUUGGCCCACAAAAUAAUAGUGGAAGUGUUGGUGAUUCAAAACUAAUCCUACAUGGAACGAAAGAGCAGCCAUCUUAUUUAGGCAAAAUUUUACACAAAUAUAAUAGUACUGUUGAACAAGGGGACAAAUUGAUUUAUGUCAACAAUGGGGAAAAUAGCUUACUUCAAAAGUCGCAAGUCCACAAGAAUCAUAGUGGCUUAGAUGAUAGUUUCAAACAGGAUUGGCUUGUUCGUUUUAUUUAAAAUCAUUAAGUAUAUGAAUUUAAAUAAAAUACAUAUUCUACUGAAAAGAUAUGUAACACUUCAAUUCUUCGAAUGCAUAUCAAUUAAAAAAUAUAAAUAUAAUUAAAUAGUUUUCAA